AUGGCAUUAAAUUUUAAAGAUAAAGUUGUAAUUGUUACAGGUGCUGGUGGUGGUAUUGGUAAAGUUUAUGCAUUAGAAUUUGCUAAACGUGGUGCUAAAGUUGUUGUUAAUGAUUUAGGUGGUUCACAUACAGGUCAAGGUUCAUCAUCAAAAGCAGCAGAUAAAGUUGUUGAAGAAAUUAAAGCAGCAGGUGGUACAGCAGUUGCCAAUUAUGACUCUGUUGAAGAUGGUGAAAAGAUUGUUCAAACCGCUAUGGAUUCAUUUGGUGGUGUCGAUAUUUUAAUCAACAAUGCAGGUAUUUUACGUGACGUCAGUUUUGGUAAAAUGACCGAUGGUGAUUGGGAUCUCGUUUAUCGUGUCCACGCCAAAGGUGCAUACAAAUUAUCAAGAGCAGCAUGGAAUCAUAUGAGAGAGAAAAACUUUGGUCGUAUCAUCAUGACAAGCAGUGCCGCAGGUCUCUAUGGUAACUUUGGUCAAGCAAACUAUGGUUCAAUGAAGAUGGCAUUGGUUGGUCUCUCCAACACACUCGCUCAAGAAGGUAAGAGCAAGAAUAUCCACUGUAACACAAUUGCACCAAUUGCUGCCUCUCGUUUAACCGAAUCAGUCAUGCCACCAGAAAUUUUGGAGCAAAUGAAACCAGACUACAUCGUACCAUUGGUCUUGUAUCUCUGCCAUCAAGACACCACUGAAACUGGUGGUGUUUUCGAAGUUGGUGCUGGUUGGGUCAGCAAAGUUCGUUUACAACGUUCUGCUGGUGUCUAUAUGAAAGACUUGACCCCAGAGAAAAUCAAAGAUAAUUGGGCCCAAAUCGAAUCAUUCGAUAAUCCAUCCUACCCAACAUCAGCCUCUGAAAGUGUUAGUGGUAUCUUGGCCGCUGUCAAUAGUAAACCAGCUGAUGGUGAAUCCGUUUUGGUUAGACCACCAAAGGUUGCUGUUCCAAAAGCUCUUGCUGCCACUCCAUCAGGUUCUGUCGUUGUCGAUGGUUACAAUGCUUCAAAGAUUUUCACCACCAUUCAAGGUAACAUUGGUGCUAAAGGUGCAGAAUUAGUAAAGAAAAUCAAUGGUAUCUAUUUAAUUAACAUUAAAAAAGGUACAAAUACCCAAGCUUGGGCUUUAGAUUUAAAGAAUGGUUCUGGUUCAAUUGUUGUUGGUGCUGGUUCAACUAAACCAAACGUAACAAUCACAGUUUCAGAUGAAGAUUUUGUUGAUAUUAUGACUGGUAAAUUAAAUGCUCAAUCUGCUUUCACCAAAGGUAAAUUAAAGAUUUCUGGUAAUAUGGGUUUAGCUACUAAAUUAGGUGCAUUAAUGCAAGGUUCAAAAUUAUAA